UCCUUUUUUUUUUUCAGUAAAAAUUGUGAAACCUUGCUUAUAUCAGCUUUCCAGCUCUUUGAGCAAAUCAGCUUCAUCAAAUUGUCAAAAUCUUCUUCUUUUGGAUUACAUUAAUAUAAAAUUUAUGGGAAUUGUAAAGGGUUUUGGAUAGCGGUUGCCACUCUUUCGGUUCCACUCUUUGUAGAUUUGGUGUUGGUGGUAGGCCUCACCUUCUCUUGUCUUUAAAUAAAAAUCCUAACUUCUCAUCAGCUACCAUAGAUUAAAAAAAUAAAAUCCAAUCUUUCUACAUGGGCUGUUCUCGGUUCUUCUGAUAUGCACAGGUUCUUGCCGGUGAUGGUUUUUGAAUAAGCUCCAUUUCAAGAACUCGUUUUUUUAAGCAGUGGAAAGAGUACUUUUGUAGAUUUUUUCAAGGAUGGGAGAAGAAAAGCCUGAAGUUCUUGAUGCUGUGUUGAAGGAAACUGUUGAUUUGGAGAAUAUCCCCAUUGAUGAAGUGUUUGAGAAUCUGAGAUGCACAAGGGAGGGUCUUUCAACUGCAGCUGCUCAAGAGAGAUUAACCAUUUUUGGGCACAACAAGCUCGAGGAGAAAAAAGAGAGCAAAUUCUUGAAGUUCUUGGGGUUUAUGUGGAACCCUCUUUCAUGGGUUAUGGAAGCUGCUGCUAUUAUGGCGAUUGCCCUUGCAAACGGAGGAGGAAAGCCUCCAGAUUGGCAAGACUUUGUGGGCAUUAUCACCUUGCUUUUUAUAAACUCGACGAUUAGUUUUAUCGAAGAGAAUAAUGCCGGCAAUGCAGCGGCUGCUCUCAUGGCCCGUCUAGCCCCAAAAGCCAAGGUUCUUAGAGAUGGAAGGUGGAGUGAAGAAGAGGCUUCUAUUUUGGUGCCUGGGGACAUAAUUAGCAUUAAGCUUGGCGAUAUACUUCCUGCCGAUGCUCGUCUUCUCGAAGGUGACCCACUGAAAAUCGAUCAGUCUGCUUUGACGGGCGAGUCUCUUCCUGUAACAAAAGGACCGGGAGAUGGUGUCUAUUCGGGCUCGACAUGCAAACAAGGCGAAAUCGAGGCUGUAGUUAUUGCCACAGGAGUCCACACAUUCUUCGGCAAGGCUGCUCAUCUUGUCGAUUCUACUAAUCAAGUUGGGCAUUUCCAAAAGGUUUUGACUGCGAUUGGAAACUUCUGCAUAUGCUCGAUUGCGGUGGGUAUGGUGAUAGAGAUAAUCGUGAUGUAUCCUAUUCAACAUAGGGAAUAUCGGCCAGGGAUCGAUAAUCUUCUUGUUCUUCUCAUUGGUGGAAUUCCGAUUGCUAUGCCUACUGUGCUUUCGGUUACAAUGGCCAUUGGCUCUCAUCGUUUGGCCCAACAGGGUGCUAUUACGAAGAGAAUGACGGCUAUAGAAGAAAUGGCAGGCAUGGAUGUGCUUUGUAGUGAUAAGACGGGGACUUUGACAUUGAACAAACUCACUGUUGAUAAGAAUCUCAUUGAGGUUUUCGCAAAAGAUGUUGAUGCAGAUACUGUAGUUCUGAUGGCAGCUCGAGCCUCCCGAACAGAAAACCAAGAUGCAAUAGACGGUGCUAUAGUUGGAAUGCUGGCUGAUCCAAAGGAGGCACGUGCUGGAAUUCGUGAAGUACACUUUCUUCCCUUUAACCCGACCGACAAACGAACGGCUUUGACUUACAUUGAUGGUGAAGGGAAAAUGCACAGAGUUAGUAAAGGCGCACCAGAACAGUUUGCCGAACGAGGUUUGAGAUCACUCGCCGUGGCAUAUCAGGAAGUUCCGGAAGGAACAAAAGAUAGUCCCGGAGGCCCGUGGCAAUUCAUUGGUCUCAUGCCUUUAUUCGAUCCACCGAGGCAUGACAGUGCUGAAACUAUAAGGAGAGCACUAAAUCUUGGAGUAAAUGUGAAAAUGAUAACCGGGGACCAGCUGGCAAUAGGAAAGGAAACUGGCCGGAGGUUAGGGAUGGGGACAAAUAUGUACCCUUCUUCAGCUUUGCUUGGUCAGAAUAAGGAUGAAUCGAUUGCUGCUCUACCGAUUGACGAGCUUAUCGAGAAAGCCGAUGGNACAUAUAAGGCCGAUAUUGGAAUUGCCGUUGCUGAUGCCACUGAUGCCGCUCGUAGUGCUUCGGAUAUCGUCCUUACAGAACCUGGCUUGAGCGUUAUUAUAAGCGCCGUUUUAACUAGUCGAGCCAUAUUCCAACGCAUGAAGAAUUACACGCUCGGUUUCAUGUUGUUGGCUCUAAUAUGGGAGUUUGACUUUCCGCCUUUUAUGGUGCUGAUCAUUGCUAUACUGAAUGAUGGCACCAUCAUGACUAUAUCGAAAGAUCGAGUGAAGCCUUCUCCUCUGCCGGAUAGUUGGAAGCUUGCCGAGAUUUUCGCGACCGGAAUUAUUUUGGGCGGUUAUUUGGCGAUGAUGACAGUCAUAUUCUUUUGGGCCGCAUACAAAACCGAUUUUUUUCCCAAAGUGUUUGGGGUAUCGACACUCGAGAAAACCGCACACGACGACUUUAGAAAGCUUGCCUCGGCUAUAUAUCUUCAAGUGAGCACUAUAAGUCAGGCUCUUAUAUUCGUCACGAGAUCCCGAAGCUGGUCCUAUGUCGAGCGUCCCGGUUUGUUGCUUGUGGCCGCAUUUUUGAUUGCCCAGCUGUUUGUUCUUCGGCCAUAUCGUGGCUGGUUUUCAGAACCCGUGCACGAUUUGCAACAAACUGAAUAUUGUGAUAUUAUUUCCAAAAGUGAAAAGGUUGCUACUUUGAUUGCGGUGUAUGCAAAUUGGAGCUUUGCAGCCAUUGAAGGAAUCGGUUGGGGUUGGGCCGGUGUGAUUUGGCUUUACAAUAUCAUUUUCUAUAUCCCACUCGAUAUUAUCAAGUUCUUAACCCGUUAUGCUCUUAGUGGGAGGGCAUGGGAUCUUGUACUCGAGCAAAGGAUUGCUUUCACAAGAAAGAAAGAUUUCGGAAAAGAGCAACGUGAGCUUCAAUGGGCACAUGCGCAAAGGACUUUACAUGGAUUGCAAGUACCCGAUACCAAAUUAUUUAACGAGACUACGAAUUUCUCGGAACUUAAUCAGCUAGCCGAGGAAGCAAAAAGAAGAGCUGAAGUUGCUAGGUUAAGGGAAUUGCACACAUUGAAAGGUCACGUGGAGUCGGUUGUGAGAUUGAAGGGUCUCGAUAUAGAAACAAUUCAGCAAUCGUACACAGUUUGACCGGGAUUUUAUAAACUACAAAGGUACCGUUAUAUUAUCAACUCUUGAGUUACACGAGUUUUUAUCUAUAUUUGGCGAGCCAGCAAGUUCGUAAUCGAAACUUAGUACUGUUUGGCAUCUGCAGAAAGUGUAUUUCCACUUCACUUCGUGACAUGAAAUAAGCUAAGAUUUUUGGACUUGGGUUCGACAUUUUCAUUUUUCCCUGAUUAAUGUAAAUUGGUAAUUGACAAUUUCAGGCUGCAUGCAUGCUAGUUGAGAUGUUGAAAAAUUUGAUUUCAUAUAGGUAAAAUGGAACAAUCUACAAAAAGGUAGCUAAUUAGUGUUUUGUUUAUUAACUAAACUGCUUUAGUGUAAGGUAGUUAAGCAUUGAUCGACUUUUGUG